AUUUUAUUAAAUCAAAACGCAAGAGAGCCAUUGUAGAUUUGAGAAUAGAUGAGGAGUAUUUAAUGAGGCCGACUAGUAAUUUUUGAUAUAAAUAUUAUUAUAUUAAAAAAAUCAUUAAACCAUCAAACCAUUAAAUUUAGCUAUGAAUCAAAAAUAUUGCUUUAAAUCUUAUUUCUCUUAACAAUGUACUUAGUUUUGGGAUAAUACUAAAAUAGAUAAAACUUAAAAAUACAUAAUGGAAAAUCUUUACUAUAUUUAGACUCCUUUUGAGAGUACACCUUGUAAUUUGAGACUGAACAAGAAAAACCUUAUAAUGGAAUAGAAUGAUGUAUAAUAUAAAUAUAUAGUAAAUAGAGAUAGUAUAGUACAAAUGUGGAAAAUGCAGGAUUGGAAUUAAUAACAAGUGAUUUGAAUAAUGAUUAGGGAGUAAGAAUAACAAAGGGAAAUUUUACAUUUGAGUUUUUCGGUAAAAUAAAAUCAAUAUUUGAUCAAUUGAAGAAAACAAGCAUUUAGUUUAACUUUACUUAGAGAUAUACAAUAAAAAAAAUGAUAGCAAAGGGAACAUUCGCUACAGUAAUAAAUUAUAAAAUUUUUAGAUAUAUUUAGCGGAGUGCAGAUUCACUUAGAAUGAGUAUGCAGUGAAAUGUUUUGAGAAACGACAUAUUUAAAAUGAGAAGGAUAAGAAGAAUUUAAUAAAAGAAAUGUCGAUACUACGAUUAAUGAAUCAUAACUAAUUAUUGACAAUAUAUGAAGUUUUUGAGAACUCAAGUUAUAUAUAUUUUGUAUAGGAAUUAUUGAAAGGAGGCGAUUUACAUGAUUAUUUGGAGAGAAGUGAGAAAUUGAGUGAAUUAAAAGUGUCUCAGAUAAUUUAUAAUUUAUUGAAUGGGAUACAAUAUAUGCAUUCUCAAGGUGUUCUUCAUAGAGAUAUAAAGCCAGAGAAUUUGAUUUUGAGAUAGAAAAACAAUUUAAAUGAUAUAGUGAUAGGAGAUUUUGGAUUGGCUGAUUUUUAUAAAUAUGAUGGAAAUUAUUUAUAUAGAAGAUGUGGAACUCCAGGAUAUGUAGCUCCUGAGAUUCUACGUGGAUAACCAUAUGAUUAUAAGGUCGAUAUUUAUAGUAUUGGUGUAUUGAUGUAUAUAUUAAUAUCUGGUAAGAGACCAUUUGUUGGUAAAAAUAAUUAAUAAACUGUUAAAUUGAAUGAAUUAGGAGAUAUAAAUUAUGAUGAGAUUGAUUGUAGUUCAGAAGCAUUGUCUUUAAUGAAGAAAAUGUUAGAAUCAUAACCAGAAAAUAGAAUUUCAAUAAUAUCAGCAAAAUAACAUGCUUUUUUUACAAAUAAUUAAAAUAAAAGAGAUAAUAAUCCUAAAUCAAAAGGAACAUUAAAAUUAGAUGUGAAAUGUAUUCAACAACAGGAACAGUUUUCAGUCUCACCAAUCUUAACUUCUAGAACUUUCAAUAGAAAUUCAAUGAUUAAUAAUUUAACUGUUCAUACUCCACGAUAAUUACCGAGAUUAAGUCAUGAUAUUAAAUCUAUAAUUAAGACUGAAUCAAAUGAAAUUUAUAGAUCAACUAUAUCUCGUUAAAGUUUAAGUAGAGUCACUUUAAGAAUAAAUAAUUAAUACACUAAUAUGUGA